CGCGCAAAUUGUUCGUCCCCCUCUCUUCUUCUGCUCUGUUAUCACCAGACCACCUGACGCUUUGCUUAGGGUUUCGAUUUCGCCGAUUAUCAAAUCCUUCUUCCAUCGAUCGAUAUCGACCACUGUGUUCGUCGAGGUCGACAAUGAAGAUCAUUGCUCUGAAAACGAACGCCAGAAUCCCACCACGCUCGCGGGCUCCCGGCGGAGCUGGUUUUCGCUCAUUUCGGAGCUCCGAGACCCGUUUGCCCCACCUAAUAAUCCCUCGAUCGGGUCAAGCUGCAAGCAGAAAGAGAGUUAAGUUUGCUGAUAAUUGUGAGGAGAACCGCUUGGGCUUCAGGGAAGAUGAAGCUACAACUCAAGAAGAAGCUGGGUUCCAAAUAUCCGAUGUCCCGAAGACCUCUGAGUAUGCAUUUUUCAAGAAAUUGAAGGAGAACAAGGGUCACAGAUUAAGCUCCCGUUCCAUGCAAAAUGAUGCCACUCCAGCUAAGAAGUUUAUAUCUGACUACAAUCCCAGCACAAGUACCCAUGUGGUCGGUAGCGUCCAUGAGGAAUCUGGGUCAUCACUGCUUCACCAGGAUGUUACAUCUGAGAAUUCUACCUCUCUUCAAGCUCCAUUCGGUAGUGUAUCUAGAGAAUCAGGGACUUGGUAUAGCUAUAAGUCUGGUGAAGUCUUUCCUAAGAAGAGGGAGAAUCUACUUUUGUGGGUCAAAACUACCUCCUUUCCUGAAAUUGACAAACUCUGCUCAAAGGGGUAUGGUUUUGUUUCCGUACUCUUAAGUCGCCUAAACCCAAUGAGCAAUGAGGACAAUGAUUCUACAAAUCUUGUUAGGAAGCAACUUGACUCCAGCAUGAGCUCUAAACUGCAUGCUUACCCACAGUUUGGUAUUCGGUUAAAAGAGUUUAAUCAGAAUUGCGCAUGGGACUUUCUGGAAGCUGAAGGUAGACAGUGCUUGGACUGUUCUCUAUCCUCUGGGUGGGCAAAUAAACCUAUAGAAAGAAUUAUCCCUGAUUUUGAUCUUCCAGCUGUUGCUGCCCUCAAGACCAGUACUUGGCAGGAAUCUGAGGAUGAGUUCCAAGCUCCAAAUAAAUCCUCAAUUGAAGAGGAGACACGAGAUUCAGAGUGGGAUUGGGUUCUCGAUAAUAAGAAUAAUGAAAGAGACUUAUGCUUUGUUUGUCGAAGUGGAGAGCUCACUACAGCACCAGCAUUGCUGACUUAUCGGUGCAAUGAUCGCCAGCAGACUCUGGAAUCUGGGUUUGGUGGGAGGGAAUUAUCUGCAUUCUCUGUCUCAUCUCUUUAUCCUUCAAAAUUUUGUCCAUCACUAUGCCAUCCAACAAGCUUUCACGACAAUGAUCUCGAAAUGCAUUAUGACCCGCAGACUCUAGAUUCUGGGUUUGUUGGGAGCGAAUUAUCUGCAUUAUUUGUCUCGUCUCAUUAUCCUUCACGGUAUUGGCCAUCACAAUUCCAAUCGACCAGCUUUCACAGUAAUGAUUUUAAAUCAUAUUUUGACCGACAGACUCUAGAAUCUGGGUUUGGGGGGAGAGAAUCACCUGCAUUCUCUGUCUCUUCUCAUUAUCCAUUACAGUUUUGUCCAUCACAAUUUCCUUCAACCAGCUUUCACAACUAUGACUGUGAAAUACAAUAUCACAGGAAGGAAGAUAUUGCGAUUUUUAGUGAUCUUCCUUGUUCUUUAUCACGUGAUUCAUAUAAUUCUCGUCGGGCCGAAGAUUACAAUUUUGAUGACUCAUAUGUAGUGUUUUCGCCUCCAGAACAGGAUCUGUUCAUCCACAAGGGCUUCAAUGAGAGAAAUUAUCAUCCUCUAUGCACUCCCUUGGAUGUGAUUCUGAAUUGAGAUUGAUGUGCUUAUCACCUCCCGUCUCUUAAUGAUGAGAUCAUAUAUUCACUGGUUACAAUCGUCAAUCUCCUCAAGAUGGAGAAGUAUUGUUGUCCUUCCUAUGUGGGAAGGAUUGGUAUAAAAGACUCAAAAGUUCCAUUCAGAUGGAUGCCUUCGGUGGUCUUAGCAGAAGUUCAUUUACUCAAAUCUUCAACAGAGAAAAGGCAUACCCUCUGCUUCUCGAUAAAUCAAGCUCAGAUGAAGGAGAAGUGAUUGUUUCAUGGAAGCAAAAUCUGUAAGUUUGAUGCAUCCUGGCAUUUUUAGUUCAACCCCUGUGCUUUUCUAUUGUGUGGAUAUGGGUUGUUAGUUGUCAUAACCUUGCAUUUUAAUUUUGAUGUGACAAUAUCCAUACUAGAUAAUCCUCCCGUCGAAUUGGACUUCAGGUGUGUGGAACUAUUGAGAAAACUAACAACCUAGAUGCAUAUUCACUUAAGCAGUGAAGUCUUAUAGAACAUCGAAUGUUGUGCUGACCUUAUUGAACUACAUGUUAAAAUGUAACCGAUAGAUGUCCUGCAUAUAUGCAAUUGUUGACAUUCAUAUUUU